AUGCAGAAUUCAACAUCAAUCAAGCCGGGAAAGAAUACUAACAUUAACAAAAUAAGCCACAUUAACACCAGCAAUAUAGACAUAAGUGACGAGAUUUCGAAUGGAGGUUUCAUCCUAAAUGGCACCAAUGGUGACAAUGAACCCACACCUAGCAAUCUGCGUUUGUCGUUAAUCUCGACGUGGGAAGCCUUUCGAGAUGUUACUACUUCUCACGGUCUUCCACACUUCAGUCGUGCCAAAGGUGACAAAUUUAUGAAAUACUCCGUAAGUGUAGCCGUAGAGUUGAACCACGCUAAAUCCAUGGAGUUCCCUGCAGUUACUAUUUGCAACAACAAUCCAAUGAAAUUGUCAUCUUUUCGUGCCAAUAGCAAACUUCAAGAGAUAUUAAUAAGUUACAAAUUGAAAAAUAGCAACUCGACAUGCACUAUGACUGAAACGUCGACACCUGCUCCUCUGACUACCACACGUGAAACUUCAUCUCAAUACACAACCAAAACUCAAAUUUGCACCGAAUAUGACGACGAAGUUGGUGGAAUACAACAACGCAGGGACUUCAAGCUCUUUAACCAGGUCAUGGAACUAUUCAUGCGGAUGAACGCAACUGAGAGAAAGGAGAGUGCACCUAGGGAUUUUAAGUACUUUUUCAACAACUACUACGGAAAUUGUUACACCUUCAAUUCUGUUUCGAGUGGACAAGAUGGUGCGAUUUCCAAAAUUUCAAGAAAAACUGGUCCAAGUUAUGGUUUGUCCAUCACAUUCAAUGUAGAGCAAAAUGAUUACGUCGGGGAAGUAGCACAAUCGGCAGGUUUAAGAGUGGUUGUUCAUGAUCCAAAACGCAUGCCCUUCCCUGAAGAUGAGAGUAUUUUUGUGUCUCCAUGGACAGUCACUCAGAUUGGACUCACAAUGACGCAGACCAAAAAAAUAAAUGGUUUGUACGGCAAUUGCAGCGUUGAAAACGAUUCCAGUGUUGGUAAAACUUUGUAUCAGAAACUCUUCAACGUUUCAUACUGUGAAAAGGUUGUUAUGUUUGACUCAUAUGUUUAUUAUCGGAAUAUACUAAAUAACCUGAGGAGUAUGGGGCAGGUUCUUGUUUAUUUUCAAGAUUUCAGCUACACAAACAUUGAAGAAUCUCCUGAUUAUGAGACAAUACAAUUCACCUCCGACAUUGGAGGCAUAUUGGGCUUGUAUGUUGGCUUCUCUAUAUUAACCGUUGUAGAGUUUCUUGAACUUGCGGUUGAUGUACUGGGAAUUAUUGGUUACCAGAUUUAUCUCAAAAGUCAAAACUCUGUCAAAAAGUGGAGGAAAGAGAAUGGAAGAAAAAUUGGUCACGAUGACAAAACUUCCAAAAUAACAACCUCUCACAGCUCAGUGAACACGGUAUUUGCUUGCAGUGAAGAAGAAGUUGAUCAUACUGUCAAACCGCACAUUGAAGCUGUCUGUUCAAAACCUGAAGCACCUGUCUUGCUGAAUAUGACACCAGUUUUUAUCUGA